AUGUCCUUUCCAAAAUUACUCAUUUCGUUGUUGUUUAGCCAGCUCACCGUCGCCAAACUCAUUCCAAAGACAGAAGGAUGUGUCACGUCCAUUUUCACAGCACUCAACUACAUUUCCUUUACUGGUACUCCCGGAACGGGACUCUGGGAGACAAGAUGCCAGAAUCCACUGAAAGCGAUCUCCAUAUACGCGGCUUCCGACAUUUAUUGUGAUGAUGAGGAGGAAAGACUUUCGGGCCUAGCGGACUUGGAGGACUCCUGUCGUGAAUUCGGUCAUGUUGAGUUGCUUCCUCGCGAGCAGUUCGCGGUGAAUCUUACUGAAGAAGCGGUGCGGAAUAUGCGAGUUGUCGAGUACCUUGAGAUUCCGCGGAUGGAGGCUGUGGGGACUCCGGUGCUCAUUUCUCGGUCAUAUUAUGAUCGUGUUUCGAGGACUCUUGUGGGUGAUUUUCUGGUCGUCAGACAAGGAAAAAAUGCUGACAGGAUGAGAUAG